ACUCCCGACUGUCCGUCAGCUGUUUUUAACAGAAUCAGAGAAAUAUCAGCAAAGCCUGAGGAGCCAAGAGAUAUUUGACAACUACAAACUUUGAUGUUUUCAAGAGUGGAGCAGGUUUUAACUGAGGCUCUGUUGUAAAAGAGGAGACAAAGUUCAGGUUGACAGAGCUGCUCCUCGUCCUGGAGGGAGUCACAGCUCCAUCAGCCCUCCCUCUUCUUCCUCCUCUCACACAGCAGCUCCACUCUGUCACUAGAUUUCCUUGUUCCCUCCCCUUCAGAUCUACAGUCUGUGGAUGGGCGUAACUGAGCUGACAGGUUUCAUUCGCUGCACAAACACUUCCUGUUCAGAUCAGAGCUCAGACUAGUUGCAGUUAUCAGGAAGUGAAACUCAGACGGUCGUUGACACUGAGAGGUGAAAUGGAGCAGAAAGCAGUUCAGCUGGACCGAGAGACUUUCUCUUGUUCCGUCUGUUUGGAUCUACUGAAGGAUCCGGUGACGACUCCCUGUGGACACAGCUACUGCAAGAACUGUAUUAAAGACCACUGGGACACAGAGGAUGAGAGGAGGAUCUACAGCUGCCCUCAGUGCAGGAAGAGCUUCACACCGAGGCCUGAGCUGCUGAAAAACACCAUGUUAGCAGCUUUAGUGGAACAGCUGAAGAAAACUGGACUCCAAGCUGCUGCUGCUGAUCUCUGCUAUGCUGGAGCUGAAGAUGUGGCCUGUGAUGUCUGCACUGGGAGGAAACUGAGAGCUGUCAAGUCCUGUCUGUUCUGUAUGAUUUCUUUCUGUGAGAAACACAUCCAGCCUCACUUUGAAAUCCCUGCUUAUGGAAAACACAAGCUGGUGGAGCCGUCAGAGAAGCUCCAGGAGAACAUCUGCUCUCGUCACGAUGAGGUGAUGAAGAUUUUCUGCCGUACUGAUCAGCAGUGUAUCUGUAUUUUGUGCUCCAUGGACGAACAUAAAGGCCACGACACAGUGUCAGCUGCAGCAGAGAGGACUGAGAGGCAGAGAGAGCUGGAGGGGAGUCGACACAACAUCCAGCAGAGAAUCCAGGACAGAGAGGAAGAUGUGAAGCUGCUUCAACAGGAGGUGGAGGCCAUCAAUGGCUCUGCUGAUAAAGCAGUGGAGCACAGUGAGAAGAUCUUCACCCAGCUGAUCCGUCUCAUGGAGGAAAGACGCUCUGAUGUGAAGCAGCAGGUCAGAUCCCAGCAGGAAACUGAAGUGAGUCGAGUCAAAGAGCUUCAGGAGAAGCUGGAGCAGGAGAUCACUGAGCUGAAGAGGAAAGACGCUGAGCUGAAGAAGCUCUCACACACAGAGGAUCACAACCAGUUUCUACACAACUACCCCUCACUGUCAGCACUCAGUGAGUCUACACACUCAUCCAGCAUCAACAUCCGUCCUCUCAAGUACUUUGAGGAUGUGACAGCAGCUGUGUCAGAGCUCAGAGACAAACUACAGGACGUCCUGAAAGACACAUGGACCAACAUCUCACUGACAGUGAUGAAAGUGGAUGUUUUACUGUCAAACCCACAACCAGAGCCGAAGACCAGAGCUGACUUCUUAAGAUAUUCACGUGAAAUCACACUGGAUCCAAACACAGCAAACACACAGCUGUUAUUAUCUGAGGGGAACAGAAAAGCAACAUACACGAGACAACAACAGUCUUAUUCUGAUCAUCCAGACAGAUUCACUUGGUGGCUUCAGGUCCUGAGUAGAGAGAGUCUGACUGGACGUUGUUACUGGGAGGUGGAGAGGAGAGGAGAAGUUUAUGUAGCAGUCGCAUACAAGAAUAUCAGCAGAGCAGGGGACUCAGAUGAAUGUAGAUUUGGAUACAAUGACAAAUCUUGGAGGUUAGAUUGUUACACAGACAGUUAUAAGUUUUAUCACAACAAAGUCCAAACUCCCGUCUCAGGUCGUCGGUCCUCCAGAGUUGGAGUGUACCUGGAUCACAGUGCAGGUAUUCUGUCCUUCUACAGCGUCUCUGACACCAUGACUCUCCUCCACAGAGUCCAGACCACAUUCACUCAGCCGCUCUGUGCUGGACUUCAGUUUGGAUGGUUUUCUGAAUCCGCUGUGUUCAGUAAACUCAAAUAGUCUGAAGUCAUUUCAGGGUCAGUGGGUUAAAUUGUGUGUUUCAUUCCUUCAGACUUGUUGUGUUUCCAUCAUUGUUGCUGAGAGCUGAUUGUUGUGGCAUUUCUUCACUGCACACAGAUCAACCUGUCAAUCAAACACUGUGGGCGGUACUUUGACGCCUUCUUGUUGUUCUGUAAAUGUUGGACUUUCUUCAGGCGGCGCUCCUUCCUGUGUCUGUUCAGCCACGGAGGCUCUCGCUGCUCCUGAUGACUUCACUUCACAUGAUCAUAAUCAAUAAGGAGAUGCUUCAUUAUUUGCUUGUACAUAGCUGAGAUUCUGCUCCAACACACUGACUGUGUGGAUGAAGUGAAUCUGAUCAUGAAAUCACUGAACAAGAGCGGUUUAACAGACUUUACUGACGGGACGUGUGAACAAACUGAAGCUUUAAAUCAUGAAUAAACAAACAUGAACAAAG